AGAUAGUCUUCUCCUGGGUGCCUUCAGAACAAGAUGUAGAACUCUCAGCUCCUCCUGCGCCAUGCCUGCCUGGGUGCUGCAGUGCUUUCCACCUUGAUGAUAAUGGACUGACCCUCUGAACCUGUAAGCCAGCCCCAAUUAAAUAUUGUUUUUUUAGGAGUUGCCUCGGUCAUGGUGUCUCUUCACAGCAAUGGAAACCCUAACUAAGAAAGAAGCUCCUCCAAUAAUGGCUGAGCCACACACUGAUCUAUGAGCAUAGCAGAAUGUCAUCAGGAGUCAUUUUAUUGCUUGCACUGCAGAUACUUUAUUGAAGAGGAGCAAGGAACUAUAAAGGAAAAUGAAAUCAUGAAGUUCUCAGGUGUAUGGCCCGUGUUUUCGCUGUGCUGAAGCGCUUCGAGGGGGCACAUCUCGUCACUUUUGGCUUUUCCUCACAUCAGACUGACACAAGUCUUCGAUUUUCGCAAAUCAUGACAGUACAAUAUACAGAACAAAAUAAAAACUAAAAAUAAAAUAUGCCUGUACUCUCCCAAAAUGGAGUCGGGGACAGCCAGAGGGCAGUGGUUUGCGUAGCGGUUCUGAGUAAAGCUGCACUCCAACCCUCAACUACCAGGGGGUUUGGCUUUGUCAAAGAGUAAUUUACCAAUCGUGCCUGCGCGUCCUUCCGGGUUUUGCUGGCUCUGCACCAAAAACCCCAGAGCCUUUGUGUACCAGUCCGGGAGCAGAGUAAAGCGCAGAAGUCGGAGCCGAGGGCUGUGUAGAACUCUGGCGCUAUGCGGUACCUACCAUGGCUGUUGCUGUGGGCAUUCCUACAGGUCUGGGGACAAUCUGAAGCCCAGCAAAAGAAUUACACCUUCCGCUGCCUGCAGAUGUCUUCCUUUGCAAACAGAAGCUGGUCCCGCACAGACAGCGUGGUCUGGCUGGGGGAUCUGCAGACUCACCGUUGGAGUAAUGACUCAGCCACCAUCAGCUUCACGAAGCCAUGGUCCCAGGGCAAGUUGAGUAACCAGCAGUGGGAGAAGUUGCAGCAUAUGUUUCAAGUCUAUCGAGUCAGCUUUACCAGGGACAUACAGGAAUUAGUCAAAAUGAUGUCACCUAAAGAAGACUAUCCCAUUGAGAUCCAGCUGUCUGCGGGCUGUGAAAUGUACCCUGGGAAUGCUUCGGAAAGCUUUUUACACGUAGCAUUUCAAGGAAAAUAUGUCGUGAGAUUCUGGGGAACGUCCUGGCAGACAGUCCCAGGGGCCCCAUCUUGGUUAGACUUGCCCAUCAAAGUGCUCAACGCUGAUCAAGGGACAAGUGCAACCGUGCAGAUGCUCCUGAAUGACACCUGCCCCCUAUUUGUCCGUGGUCUCCUAGAGGCAGGGAAGUCAGACCUAGAGAAGCAAGAGAAGCCAGUGGCCUGGUUGUCCAGUGUCCCCAGCUCUGCACAUGGCCAUAGGCAGCUGGUGUGUCAUGUCUCUGGCUUCUACCCAAAACCUGUGUGGGUGAUGUGGAUGCGGGGUGACCAGGAGCAACAGGGUACUCACAGAGGUGAUUUCCUGCCAAAUGCUGAUGAGACAUGGUAUCUUCAAGCAACCCUGGAUGUGGAGGCUGGAGAGGAAGCUGGCCUGGCCUGCAGGGUGAAGCACAGCAGCCUAGGAGGACAGGAUAUCAUCCUCUACUGGGAUGCCAGGCAAGCACCCGUGGGCCUGAUCGUCUUCAUAGUACUGAUCAUGCUAGUGGUGGUGGGUGCUGUAGUCUACUAUAUCUGGAGAAGGAGAAGCGCUUAUCAAGACAUCCGGUGACUCUUCCUUACACCUGCCUCUCCUGAAAUUCAGACUUUCCAGGCUCUAGGACUUCAGUCCUGGUCUGCUCAGGAUCUGGGGAUGAAGGAGAGGAAUCCUGAAGAAGUGAAGAGCAGCCAGUACGCUCUUUUCAACAUUAAUUAUAAGAAAUUAAUUAUUUGAGUUGUUUCGUCAGUUUCCAUAGUUUAGAACAAACACAACUGCAAAUGUGCGUACCUGCCAGAAACAAGCUGUUGGCAGUGUUUUAUGGGAUUUGCACUGAACUAGAAAGCAUACUUCCUGCCCAAACAGACGCUCUGAGGUUAGUUGGCAAGUGUAAAGUCCAACACCAACCUGGCUGUACUCUGUAUUUUUCAAGGUGACUAGAAAAAUGGAUUUGUGUGUGUGUGACAUACAGCUUUGGGGUUUGUUGGCAAGUGUAAAAUCCAACACCAACAGUAUUUUUCAAGUUAACUAGAAAAAUGGCUUGUGUGUGAUGCCGUGUGUGUGUGUGUGUGUGUGUGUGUGUGUGUGUGUCACACACACAGAUUUUAAAAAGUGAAUGCAAAUAUCUGCAAAUGUUUGCUACCUUAGAUACAAACCUGCCAAUUAAUGAUAACUCCAAGGGCCUCCAAUUUGUGGCUCUUUUAAUAAUGUUUGUUCUAAAUGCCAUAAUGACCAUCUUAGGACACAGUCUCUAUGGAAAUUUUGCAUUAAUGACUGAAAGGUGUUUUUUCUUUAAAAUAAAAUAGGAUGUAAAAUGAAAA